UUGACGGCGAACGCAAACAAAGCGCGGAUCAUGCAUCGCGGCCCGCAGAUCGCCCAGCAAUCGAGUCACGCGCAGCAGCACUAACAUCCCGCGGGGCUUCGGGGCUCCGGCAUCGCACUCGCUCGCCACCCACACCAUGGACGACACCGCGAGGCUCGUGUCGGAGCUGCACGACAAGCUCGCCGAGCUCGACGGCAAGGUCGCAGCGUACCAGCGCGACCUGCUGGCCGAGUUCCACCGGCACAUGGACGAGUGUCUCGAGAAGUACCCCGACCACGUCUCCAGCGAGGUGUCGCGAGUCAUUGCCGAGUCCAUGUCCGCGGGCAGGUACCCGGCGCUGAGUCCGGGCAGCCGCGGCGUGCCGGACUCGCCCGCAAUCGACCGCAGCGCCUGGGACGGCCGCAGGUCGCCGCCCCCCUUUCUCCGGCACACCUCGGGAACGCCGAAGGAAAGCCUGCGCAGCCCGCACGCCCGGGAGAAGGAGUUCCAAGGUUUGUUUACGCCGAAUUACUUGCCGCUUUUGGAGCGCGAUGACCGCGCACACCGCUCCCCGCCGACAUCGCCGCCGCCGGCGUCAGGUGGACAGCCUUUGUCAAUCGAAAACGUGCAGAAGGUGGAGACGUCUGCGCAGUCAAUUGCCGGGAGCGGCGAGAGUAGACCGGGCCCAACCAGGCGGCUAACCAACCUGUCGACCUCGUCGGUCGAGUCCGCCGGCAGCGACCCGAAAGUGCGGAGAAGCGCACUGCGGCGGUCGUCGAGCUCGAACAAGGGCAGCAGUCCGCGCCGGGUGCGUUUUGAGUUUGAGGGCGAGGAGGUGUUUCCAGCAUCUUCUCCCCAGGCAUCCGCCACCACCCUGGCUCUGGCGGGUGGGGCAGAGUCUCAGCCCCAGGCUGAACCGACAGCUUCCAUCGCCCCCCAAGAUGAGUCAACGGCCUUCGUUGGGACUUCCCUUCUCGAUGUCGAGGGCGAGGAAGACGCCCUCCCGAGACCGAGAAAGGUGUCAUCCACGCAAGCACUGCAGGCACUCACCCGCAGUCCGCUGGAGGAAGGAACCACUUGGACAGUCGUCAACCCCGAUCCCGAGGAGGCCGUCCAGGUUAACGGCCAGCAGCAUCCCGAGAUUGCGGAUAUGACGCCGACCAAGGUUGACUCGCAGGCGACCAUCCGGCCGGCGGAUGUCCUAGAAGGAAACCCGUUGCCAGGUCCGCCGAUUGAGGAACUGGCCAUCUCUGACGACGACAAUGGCUACGGCGAUGAAGAGAACGCAUCAGACCAAGAGUUUCUUUCCAUGAGACCCAAGAAGAAGACGCCGUCGCCCGCGAAAAGCCCAUCUUCCAGCCCGCCCACGCAAGCCGCCGCCGCGUCCCCUAUCACAGCGACUGAGGAAAACGGACACCAGGACGUUGACGAGGACCACGACCCCCUCUUUGACUUUGACGACGACGGAGGACGUCCGGCCUCCCAAACCGAGCAGCGUGCCAGAAAGUACCUUAGCCGGCUAGACGACGAAGAAGAUCAAGAACAACAACCCCCGCCCGGGCGACUGCGAGGCGGAAAUCGAGAGGCAGCCGGAGAGAGCUCGACAGGAAUCCCGCCGCCCGUCUCAUCGUCAGCCGCGCUCUUCGGACAUAGCAUCGGCUCGUACAUGGGCAAGCCGGUGACGGCAACUCCGAUCAAGGACCCGAAGCUGUACGAGGAGAUCGCGAGCAUGCAAGACGUGCAGUUCUUCGUGGGCAGUAUCGUGGACGGGCCUGCGGACCUGGGCAGCUAUCGCGCUGGGAGGGGUGUUGCUCGGAAUUAUGUCGGCACUCCACGCAGCUUUACGGAGAGGCUGGCGCUGGAGGAGGAGAUGGAGCGCCGGAAGGCGGCAGGAAAGGGUGUCGAUGAGGGUGGUGAUGCCUAGCCGAGCCGUGCCACAAGCAGGGGAAGCAGAGCUCGAGGGUACAGGGG